CGUGCUUCUGGGGACUCUCCCACUUUCACUUCCACAGCUUCGUUACAUAUCUCUCUCUUCUCUUCUUCUAACACCAAAUUUCAGUGCCAUUUUCUUCUCUCUCUCUCACACACACCUUCCACCUGUCACCAAAACCAACACCAGAAUCAAGCAACAGUACUGUAGACAUGGAAGAAGGAGCAAAGCUUGGUGCAUGCCACAACAACAACAAUGAAGUUGGUGAUGGAAUGCAAUGCAUUCAUCACCCUCACCACACUAACACCACCAACCCUGGUGCCAUCUGUGCCUUCUGUCUCCAAGAAAAACUAGGCAAGCUUCUCUCUUCUUCUUUCCCUUCUCUUCCUCCUCCUCCUUCUUCUUCUUCUUCUUCUUCUUCCUCUCCUUCUCCUUCUCUUUCUUUCACUCCACCACCUCCUCCUCUCUCACUCAAAACCAACCACCACACUCGCUCCCGCAUCCCUUUCCUCGUACAAAACAAAAACAACAGCCUCAGCACCAAGAACAAGAAGCCCUCUACCACCUCCAACUGUUCCUCUUCGGGUAACAUAAUUUUCAAGCGCAGCAAGUCCACUGUCACAUCCACCAGGAGUCACAGCCACUUCAUUCACCAUGACCACGACUUUUUCAGUCCCAGGAAAAGAAACGGUUUUUGGUCUUUUCUGUAUCCUUCUUCGAAGGACGCAAAGAGCCCAAAUGGGAAGCAGAGACAGACCCAGAGAAAGAGUGAUCACGUGAUUAUGGAAGAGGAAAAGUGUUUCAGGUCUUCAUCCUCUAAGGUUUCGAGAUCUAGAUCUGUUGGGUGUGGUAGCAGGAGCUUCUCUGCUGAUUUCUUCGAGAGGAUCUCUUCUGGUCUCGGCGACUGCACUCUCAGGAGAGUCGAGUCUCAUCGCGAAGGAAAACAUAAGGUUGUAGCUUCUGCUUCUUCAGCUUCUUCUUCGUCUUCUUCUUCUUCUGGUGCUGGUGGUGUUGUGAACCAUUGCAUGAAGGAAAGAGUGAGGUGUGGUGGAAUCUUCGGUGGCUUCGCCGUGACUUCCUCGUCUUCUUCUGCGUAUUCUUCUUCUUGGGUUUCUUCCACCGUGGAUGAUGGCAGAGGAAGGAGUUGGGGAUGGGCAUUCGCUAGCCCCAUUAGAGCUUUCACCACCAAAGGAUCUUCUUCUUCUUCUUCUAAGAGAGAUGCUUCUGAUAAGAACGCCACGCCAAACUUAUCUGCCAUUCCUUCUUUGCUCACUGUUAGAGGCUGAACUCAGAUUAUGCAGAAAAAAAGUGGUGUUUUGCAGGCAUAUUAUUUUUUGUUUAUGCUAUAUACAUUUGCAUUCUUGUUCAUCUUCGUUAAUAUAAUAUUGUAACACUUUCAAGUUGUAAUUUUCCCGCACAUUCUUUCUUUUUCUUUGUUUAUGACACUGGAUUGUUGUUCAUAAUAAUUAUGAUUAGUUGAGUGAUUUUUUUUCUU